ACCAAAUAAUUAAGCCUUUUUAUGCGCUAUAAAUACAGAGGCCGUAUCAUCCUUCUUAUUUCAGUUCAUUUAGCUACCUCUAACUUGCCUCUCGUUCUAUCCCUUUCUUUUGCUAUCUUUCUUGCUCGAGUACUCUCUCCAUGGCUUCUCUCCAGGCUGAUAAAACUACACCAGUGAAAGAGGUGACUACCAAAACAGAAGAAACAACACAUGAUCAUCAGGAGUCUGUUGCCGUCGAUCAAGAUCAGGAUUUGGCCACUAAAGAUAUAGAAUUCACAGCUACUGAAGAGGAGACAGCUCAUGAUAAACCUAAGGAAGUGGUUUUGCCCGAUGAUAUAGAAGAAGAUAGUGAAGUACUAGCUGAUCAUGAAGAGGAUAAAGCAGCAGUGUCACCAAUUGAGGAGGAUUCAAAAUGGACAGAGAAAAUUGAACAUGAAGAUGAUCAUGAAGCUGAAGAUCAAGACGACGAGGAUGAUGAAGAGUUGUAAAAUGAAGGAAACUUUUAUGUGCAAAAAGAAAUAAAAGGUUCGUCAAGUAUUUCUGUUGCUAAAAUAGUGGCACGAACGUACGUGCUUUAGCAUCUGUGAUGGAUGCUGUGAUUUGGGGUACUUUUUCAGCAGAGCUUUUCAUUAAUUUCCUGUUUGAAAGUCUAUAAGCACUGGUUUGGAUCUUCCAAAGAUAAGAUCAGAGUGGUUUAUCUGUAUUUUCAGUUAACGUUUGGGGCCUAAGCCGAUGAUCGAUAGACAAUGUCCAUGUUGUUGUCUUUUGUAAUGUGUGUGUUUGAUGGUGUUUUAAAUAUUAAUGAUAAUCGUUGAAUUUCGUCCCUUA